AUGGUCACCAACAUCUCUGCAUUGCCUGUGGGCUAUAUUUUGGAUCUCUAUGGACCAAAAGUCACAGGUAUCAUUGGCUCGCUCAUCUUGCUCCUUGGUUCAACGACUAUGAUGUAUGCUCCUGUGGUGCAUUUUGCUGAUUUUUAUCUUCUUGGUUACACGUUGUUGGCAUUGGGUGGACCUUUUGUGUUUAUCUCAAGUUUUCAAUUGGCAAACUCGUUUCCGAAAAAUUCGGGUACCAUAUUGGCCCUUCUCACGGGCGCCUUCGACACAUCGUCUGCUUUAUUCUUGGGCUACAGAUUGCUCUAUACAAAUGUUAUCGAAUUGCCAAUUUCCAGGUUCUUCUUAUACUACCUGGUUGUACCUAUCUUUAUUUUCGUCUGUCAGACUACCAUUAUGCCUUCAACUUCAUACAAGACAGUGGGAACUUUGGCAAAAAUUGCUGAAACGGCCAUUGACGAGUCUGGUAGACCGUUGGAUCUGGACAGAUUAUUGCCGCAGGACAGAGACAUUGAGGCAGAGGCGGUCGAGCAACCCACCAUGUCUGAGACUACUAGUUUAUUGAUGAGAAAGGCGUCGUUUGGUGUUCAUGAGGUUGACAGACGAAGGGGCCUGAAUGUUCUGAGAGCUUCUAGAUCCUCCGUCAAAUCCGUCUACGAGAUCGACGCGGACGACAAGCUCUUUGAGUCCACUGGUGGAGUGUAUGGUAUUUUGCAUGGCUAUAGCGUGAAUGAUCAGCUCAAGUCCCCUUGGUUCUAUCUAAUGGUUGUUUUUACAACGAUUCAAAUGCUCAGAAUCAAUUACUUUGUGGCAACUGUGAGGGCACAGGAACUCUACCUCUACAAGGGCGACCAAGAUCUCGCAAUCCGCAUCAACCACUUCUUCGACAUUGCAUUGCCACUUGGAGGAAUUUGUGCCAUUCCCUUCAUUGGCCUUUUACUUGACAACUUGACGACUCUCUCUGUCUUGUGGAUUCUUUCGAUUACGUCAGUAGCAGUUGGAGUCUUUGGUCUUAUGUCGUGGCUCCCAGGUACUUACGCAGGCAUAAUUCUUCUUGUCGUUUACAGACCAUUUUACUACACAGCAGUUUCCGACUUUUGUGCUAAGGUCUUCGGCUUUGAGACCUUUGGUACAGUGUACGGUAUGAUCAUUUGCAUUUCGGGUAUUUGUAACAUAUUGCAACAGUUUCUCGAUCGAGUCACACACGUGUACUUCAAUAUGAACCCUGGUCCCGUAAACUUGGUCUUAACGGUUUUGACAGCAGUCUUUGCUUUGGCAAUUAUCCUCUUUGUGAAAUCACAGGAGUUGCAAAUGAAGAGGAGAAAUCUAGAAUUGGAGGCGCAAAACGCCUCCCUCCAGUCUAUUCCACAUUGA